AUGUCAACGACUUUCUUACGAAAGCAUUUCAUUCAAGAGCUAGAAGCGGUUUACAAGGCGUUUCCAGAUGAAAAGUAUGUGGGGUUCCAGGAAAUGACAAAGCCUAUAAUUCUGAUUCGAGACCCUCAGUUAAUGAAGAAUAUCGUCGUCAAAGACUUCGACCACUUUGUCGACCAUAAAGAAUUCUUUAGCGUAGAAUUCGAUCCACUUUUUGGUGGCAGUCUGUUUUCAAUGAACGGAGAUAAAUGGCGUGAAAUGAGGACAACGCUGAGCCCAGCCUUCACUAGUUCUAAAAUGAAGUUCAUGUUCCCCUUGAUCAACGAGAUUAGUCUCAACAAUAUACAAUAUUUAAAUGAUCACGAAGGUGAAGAUAUUGAUGUAGAUGAUAUUAUACGCCGCUAUACAAAUGACGUCAUAGCAUUAGCAGGAUUUGGGUUUCAAGUCAACUCAUUAAAAGACAGAGAUAAUGAGUUCUAUAAGGCUGGGAAUGGCCUAUUCGACUUUGACUUCAGACAAAGAGUGUUGAUACUUCUUGAGGCUCAAUUCCCUCAACUUAUUAAGAAAUUUAGACUUCGUCUUUUCAAAGACAGUGUAUACGAUUUCUUUUUUAAAAUAGUGGCAUCUGCUUUGGAAUACAGGAGAAAAGAAAAUAUAGAACGGCCUGAUAUGAUACAGUUGUUGAUGCAGGCUAAAAGAGAAUGGAAACUGGAAGAACUAACUAGCCAAGUUUUCAUCUUCUUCACGGCUGGCUUUGAAACUUCGGCUUCAUCAUUGUUUAUGACCAUUCAUGAACUAGCACUUAAUAAAACUAUACAAGACAGAUUGUACGAGGAGUGUAGACAACUGAAUGAAGAAAAGGAGCUUACAUUUGAAACUAUUAGCGAAUUAAAAUAUUUGGAUGCUAUUCUCAACGAGACUCUAAGAAUUUGGUGCCCGGCUAUACUUUUAGACAGAAAGUGCACAAAAACUUAUGAACUGCCUCCACCCAGGGAAGGUGGUAAACCCUACGUAUUAAAACCAGGUGAUAUUGUAUACAACUUAGUGAACCAAGUACAAAUGGAUUCAAAGUACUGGCCCGAACCACACAAAUAUAACCCUGACAGAUUUCUGGAUGAAAAUAAAAAUAAUAUAACUCCAUUCACAUUUAUGCCUUUUGGAGUUGGACCUCGAGGUUGCAUUGGUUUGCGGUUUGCGAUCUUGCAGUUCAAAGUCCUUAUGUUCCAUUUAAUAUUGAACUUCGACAUAGUGAAAACUGAUAAGACUUCAGACCCGAUUAAACUGCAAACACGCACUUUCAACAUAGGAGCAGAUGGUGGAACUUCAGUACAGUUUAAAAGAAGAGAUCCAAAAUGA